AUGUUUUCGGCUACUCUAGCUCUUGCGGCCAUCUUCGGCACUGCAACGGCCCACUACACCUUCCCAUCACUCGUCUACAAGGGCGUCACGACCGAUCCCUGGGUGAAUGUCCGCGAGACGAACAACUACAACACGCUGGCCCCCGUUACCGAUGUGACCUCCGAGGACCUGCGUUGUUACACCUCCGAGACCGACGCCAAAGCCAGCACGCUCACAGUUGCUGCGGGCGACCAGCUCAGCUUCCACGUCAACGACGCCUUGACGAUCUACCACCAGGGUGUUGUCAACGUAUACAUGGCGCAAGUCCCGUCGGGCUCCGACGCGGCGAGCUUCGCUGGUGACGGCGACAUCUGGUUCAAGGUGUUUGAGAUUCCCGCCGUCACUGAUGGUGGCACUUCGAUCUCGUUCCCCGCUCAGAACGUGCCGAGCGUCAACUUCACCAUCCCUGCUGCGCUUCCCAGUGGACAGUAUCUGGUUCGCAUGGAGGCCAUCGCGCUGCAUGUUGCAUCGACGUUCGGCGGUGCACAGUUCUACAUCGCAUGUGGACAGAUCAACGUCACUGGCGGUGGCUCUGGCUCGCCGAGCCCUAAGGUCGCAAUCCCAGGUGUCUACACCGGUAACGAGCCCGGAAUCCUCAUCAACAUCUACUACCCCAUUCCCGCGAACUACACGCAACCUGGACCGGCUGUGUGGUCCGGAUGA